AUGAAGCCGGGAGGAGCCGCGGCGGGCCCGGGAGCUGAGGCGGCGGCGGAGAAAGUGGUGCACUCCCGCUCGCAGGUGCCGUUCCCGGGCGGCGGCGCCAAAGCGCUGGGCGACGCCUUCAAGCUGCUGGUGCCCAAGUCGACGGAGUUCAUGAGCUCCGACGCCGAGCUGUGGGACUUCCUGUGCAGCCUCAAGCACCAGUUCUCGCCCGUCAUCCUCCGCAGCAAGGACGUCUACGGCUACGCCUCCUGCCGGGCCGUCGUGCCGGACAUGCCCCGGGGCUUGGCGCGGAGGAAGUGCCGCCCGUGGAGGAGAGCCGCCGCCAGGGGGAGGCGCUGCCGAGGAGCUGCCGCGGCCCGAGGAGGAGGGGGCGGGGCCAAGAGGGCGGCCAAGAAGCGCAGCCGGCACGAGGCCGCAGUGGCCGCUGCUGCGGACGGAGGGCAGCCCCGAGCCGCGCCGGAGGAGACGUCGCCGCCGCCUCCCCUGGAGGAGAUCUGGAGGGCGGCCCCGCCCCGCCUCGCCGCCUUCCCCACCAUCAAAGUGCGGGGCAGCGUGUGGAACCGGCGCGCUUUGGAAGCCAACCGGCGCAGGGCGCAGCGCAUCCUGCGCGUCGACCUGGCGCCGGUGGUGAGGAUGAGCCGCUUCCCUCUGGCCAGAUGCUGAGGGAGGGGUUUCCCCGGGGGAUGCAUGGGUUUUAUUCCCACUACGGAUUAUUGCGGGGAGGGGGAGAUGCAACGCUUGGGCCACUCCCUCGGGGCAGAGGCAGGCAGUGCCCUGUUUACAGAUGUUUUUUUUGGUCUGGAUCGUGCCCUCCUUGAUUCAGUGAACUGCACUUUAGAACUGGGACGGAAGAAAAGCUGCUUCUCGGUCGGCUUGAUGUCACUAGUCUGUGAUCCAACUAUAAAGACUGGUCUCCUUUUCUGACAACUUUUAUCUAGGCUAGUGGAACUAUGUGGCAUGAAGGUAUUUGUCCUUGCCCCCCUCCCCCCAAAAAACCUUUGGACUACCUCUUUUCUGGAAGUCUGAAAAAAAAAUGACAUUUGUUUUCUCUUUCAAAGAAACUUUCUGCUAACACAAAUGCAAAUGAGCUCUUUUUUCCCUUGAAGAUGUAACCAACGGACUAUUAUGUAUGACUAUUUUGUGCUGUUGCGCACUAUGUGCUCAGGGUUGUUUAAAUGCUAAAUGUUUCAGAUGACUGAAGUUUUGACCAAGGAUACAGGAAUGAAGAUUUAAGAGCCCAUGGCUGAUUUGGUCUUGCAAAAGGCUUCACUCCUUCUGGUUUGUUUUGUAAUAAUUGGUUUUGACCUACACAUUUUCAGUAUAAUGGUAAAAUAUUUUGUAUGUGAAAGUUUUAUAGAUGAAUUGAAGUGAUAUUUCUGUUAAAGCAUCUAAAGACAUUUUUAUUGGAUACAUCAUUUUUAUAUAACUUUUGCUUUAAAGGAGAGGUUACCAAUUUAAGUGAAAAUUAAUAAAAGUUAAAGAUCAAGUUUC